UGAAUGUAAACAUGUGAUCAUUCGUUCAAAAACAAUAACACACGUGAUCCUAGAUUUUGCAGUCAUCGGGAGAACAAAUCCUUCAUGCAAACUGCACCUACUAUCAAGAAGAAGAAGAUCCUAGAUUUGGGCAUGGUAGAUGAUACAGAAAGCAGUACAAUGUCUGUCACAAAUCCUUUUACUGCGGCAGCAUUAAGACCACAAGUCAGUAGAAUAAAUAUGCCUGGAAGAUCGACCCCAGCCAGCAUACUAGCAGAUUCGUUCUUGGCUCCUGAAAACUAUCUUUACUUACCAGAUGUACCAAGAAUAACUCCGGACAAUAAUGAUGAAGGUCUCCAGACACUAGCAAUUUUAGCUAAAGAGAACCUUCAUCGUGAAUAUUUUAAAAUAAACUCGGCUCUCCAGAAAAAAUGUGAAUAUAUGAAGCGAAGUUUAAAUAUUGAGGACCUAAAUUAUCUGAAGCCUUCAAACAAGAAAGGAAAAGGAGAAAAUUACUGCAGGAUUAUUGAAAUCAAUCAAACACAACGUUCAAACUUAUCAGAAGGCAAAUGUUGUGUACAAUGUAGAAGUUGUGAGGCAAGCAUAAAAUGUGAAGACUGCUUUCAUUUUUUGUGUCAUAAAUGUGAUCAGCAGCAGCAUUUUGUAAUGCCUUUCCACCAGCGAUUCUGCUGGAAAAAUGGGUUCUUCGAGCCUUUAGACCCAACACAAACUGUGUGUUCAGAUGGGAAUGUCAUUCACUGGAAGCCUGUUGUACCAGCACAUCCACCUAAUUCCUGCCCAAACUGCAGUGAGAGCAAGUUCACAACUUUAAGCUCCAAUAAUUUGUGCAUCUUUGUAACUUUAAGUGGAAGGUAUGAUCUGUAUACCCCAAUAUUUAGGUGCAAGUGCGGAUAUGUAGAUGAAGAACUUGGGAAAGCCAUGCACCAGUCUGGUUUUUAUUCAACUGGAAGAAAUAGUAGCACUUUCUACAGCAUAAAUCUAUUGGAUUCCUGGCAUUUUCUCAAGAGAAGCAGCCCUGGAACUUCUCUUCAGGCAUUAGUUAGUGCACUGGAAUUAUUUGGUGCUUCUCGAGGGCGUCAUGGUCCCAUCAAUUUUGAGACAACAAAAAGAGUCUUCUUUGAAUGGCGUUUCCAUCAGUAUGAACUUGGGAGAAUAAAAGGAGAAUUUGACAAGGGGUGCCCUGCAUGUGAUACAACACCUGUGGCUGUACAUAUUGAUGGCAACAAGAAACUGUAUCGUUACAACAAAGUUGGGAGAGGGAUCAGAAACUCAUAUUAUUCUGGUGGUAUCUUCGCUUGUGACAAAGAAGUUCAAGAUCACGUUUCCACUAUUCAGAACCUUAAAACUCAAAGUAGCCAUAUGUGUGGAGUGUCGACAUUGAAAGCUGCCAAAAAUAAACCUGUUUCAUUUAGAAGUUUGGAUGAAACCGGCAUAAGCAUGGCUUCCUGUCGACAUGGAAUUAUUCUUGCUGCAUUAAAUAUGUAUCAGGGAGAGCUCUACAGUUAUGCCCACUAUUUGCAAAUGAACCGUUUACAAAAUGUGUCCUUCAUAUGCCAGGAUAUCAUCUGUAAAUACUGGCCAUGGGCCUUAAAGAUUUCAUCAAGAGAACAGAAGUUCUCACUUAGGCAAGGAAAGCCUUUUUUAGGAGUCCUACAUGCCAAAGGACAUUCUUGGUAUUGUCAGGUUUUGUAUGGAGGGCGGUGGCAAGAAGGAAGUGGCCUGACAUCUGGGGAGGAGGCAGAGCAAGUAUUUUCCUACCUUUCAAGAUAUAACAACAACACUAAGAACAUGCUUAAAGCUGAGCGUACAGAAGAACUGACAGAGGGGGCACUCUUUUGGAAUCACAGAAAAAUUAAUGGAAUGCCUCGGGCAUUAGUUGCCAGAUUCAGAAAGGCCACAGAGACAGCUGCAGCAGUUUCAAAUGAGAUUCACAGGCUUAAUGUCCCAGAAUCUGUUAUUGAGAAAUGGAGAUCAGAAUUACUGAUCAUUGCAAGAUCCUUAAAUAACAGAUCCUCUGCCAAUAACAUUGAGCAUACUAUCGAGGCAUAUGGAGAGAAUAUAAGGCAUCGCAAAAAUCAGAUUACCACUUAUGCAGUUUCAUCUAAAAUGAGAGCUGUAUUGAGAAACAAAAAUGAAGUUGAGAAAAAAAAACUACGAGAUCUCAUAAAAAUCUACAAUCAGAACCAUCCGGAUUUGUCUGAAGCAGAUGUUUUAACUGGCAUCCUUCCAUGGCACAAUUUAUUGCUUCAUCAAAACACAAGUGUGUCCCUGACUGAAAAAAGAAGUGCAGUGGAAAAGUUUGAGCUCCAGAAGAGAUGUAGAGAGGAGGAAUCACUAACCAUUCAAGAAAUGAUAACAUGGUUACAGUACUACAAAAAGAAAAGGGACAAACUAUCCGAGUAUAUUCAAGAAUUACAAUGUGAUUCUUUCCCUUCAUGUCUCUGCAAGGAUUCUAACACGUACACCAUUGAAAACCCAAUUCUGUCAGAAGAAGAGAAACGUGGAUUAUUGGCUCUUCUCAAGCAGGGUCAAAAGCAAUGUGCUGACAAGCUUACUGAAGCCAAACAUUUAUUUAGUUCCUACCAGCCAAAUGAGGUCUAUGAGCCUUUCUUGGAGCUCUUAGAAAGUGAUGAAGAUGAAGACAUGUAUUUACAAAAUGAAUAGAUACAAAUGAACAAAUCCACAAGGGCCAUGAUGAGGGUUCGAACCUAUGUCCGAGAGGAUCCCACACGAGCCUUAAUGGACUGUGUUACGACAUGGCAAAAGAAUUCCAACCGGGAGUUCAACUGACCUCAAUCGUAGAUUUAAGGCAUCACGCUAUUGUGAUUUCUGUGUUUAACAAAUAGAUACAAGAUAGGCUUUUAAA